ACCACUAUGCAGUUACGAUUUCGAAAUCAUUCGGAUCAUAUUUAAAUGCACCCGAUUGGCUCGCUGAUUUAUUCUAGAUCAUUUAAAUAGCGAAUCAGGGGCGCGUUCUUGACACUGGACCGCUGGAGUCCGCGGUGUGCGUUCGAUUUUCAAAUUGUUUUUUUUUUAUUUGUGCGGAGUGAAGUGUUUGUGCUUGCCAAUUUUGUGCCAUUCCGAAGUAAGCAGCAGCCAUGAUACCUAGCUCACUCAUCCCAGUCACCAUCCUCCUUCUAUCACUUCACACCAUCACGGCUGAAGAAGGUUACCUCCGUUACGUCAAAGAUGGCUGCUUCCUCCGCGGCGAGGCACUUUCCUGUGUCAAAUAUAAAGCAUUAAAAGUAGCUAAGAAAACAUUAUUUGGUGACGAUAUAAAUGGAAACGAAACCAUCAGAGCCAACAACAUGAUCAGUUUCGUACCAUUAGAUCAAGAAACUGUAGAUAAGUUGAAUAUAAAGAAAGAAGAAAUAGAAGUGAGUGAACCGAGAGGGUUUUUAUCGGAGUGGGCGGAACUGACGAAGUAUGCAGUGAAGGUUGUGAAGGAGUUCUUCAGGAUGAAGGGAAUGAAGGUGAACUUGCCGGAAGGAGCGAGGACUAUUGAGGAGGAGGAUGUCGAUGACGGUCGCGGCCGUAGAAAGAAGUUGGCAGUAGUCGUCCCCCUCCUCACCCUACUAGCAGCGCUGAAGACCAAACUGCUUCUAAUCCCGAUUCUCCUAGCAGUUCUACUGAUAAAGAAGCUCCUCCUGGUCGCCGCCCUCCUACUGCCAGGUCUCCUGAGCACGCUCAAGGCUUGCAAGCACCACCAUCACAGUCCCAGCUACUCCUUUUUCGGCAGCAGUGACUCCUCAGACUACAACUCGGACUAUGGCAGUAGCUAUGCCUACUCCUCAGGAAAUGGCUACGCCAAGGACUGGGCUGCGAACAGGGCGUAUAACAUGCAGAAACCUAGGCCUACUCCUGCCCCUAUGUACAUUACAGCUCCUGGUGGAGUUGCGUAG